AUGACUGCCCUCCAGGCCGCCGUGAUCGGCUCCUCCUGGACAGAAACCGCCGUCGGGCUGCUCUUCUACAUAUUGCGUCUGGUCAGUACCUGGACGUUUGUUGGCAGAGCGCGGUGGGAUUUAGCUCUAGUGACUAUUGCCGUGCUCUUUGCAUGUGCUGGACAAGUCUUCCUGCAGCUGUCAGUGAACAAUGAGAUGGGCGAACAGAUAAUGGGCCUGUCAGAGAAACACAGGGCCGCCGCCCUCUUCUACGGCUGGGUCUUCCAGCUACUCUCCAUCACAGCCAGUAUGAGCGGCAAGCUGGCCAUCCUGGUCUUUCUCAUCCAGAUCCGUGGCCGCCAUGAGAAAAAACCAUGGUUCCUCCUCGUGCUGGCUGUGCUUAUUACCGCCAUCAAUGUGACUGUGAUGGGAACCCUGCUGGGCCAAUGUGUCCCCAUGGCAAAACUGUGGAAUGACUCUAUCCCGGGCAGCUGUGAGCCUGGAAGACGAGUCAACCAGGACUUUUCCUUCUUCCAAGGCAGCUUCAACGCCCUCGCCGACGCCGCUCUGGCCUCGUAUCCUGUCCAUCUCUUCUGGAAGCUGCAGAUGCGAUUCCGCUUGAAGAUCGCGCUUAUUGUUCUGAUGGGGAUGGGGUGGAUUGCGUCUGCCUGUUCGGCCGUGAAAACAUACCAACUACAAGUCUUGUCGCGGACAUCAAACACUACAUACGCACAACCUCCCCUCCUGAUCUGGGUCUCCACAGAAGGCUGGAUUGUAAUUAUCGUCGGCUGUGUACCCCCCAUCCGCCCCCUGGUUGACCGGCUCUUCCAACAAUUAGGCUUCACAAGCAAUCGCUCCUCCAACAAGAAUCCCACUAGGGUGCCCUAUACCACCAGUCGAUCGGGUAGGGCAUACAUAUCCGCUGGGCGACGCCCGGAGGAUAAUAGCUGGGUGGAAUUGACGGCGGUGGACCGAAAAGACGACAUGGUUCCCCGGUCGAGAGUAAUGGUCGUCACGGAUAUUGAGACGAUGUAUGAACAGGAUUAG